AUGACUGAUAAAAUAAAUAUGGUGUUCAGGAGAAAAGCUGUUGAACUAGGAGAGAAGCUGUUGCCGGCUUUUAAGACCCCUACUGGUGUCCCUUGGGCUCUUCUCAACCUAAAGAGUGGGAUCGGCAGAAACUGGCCAUGGGCGUCAGGAGGAAGCAGUAUUCUUGCCGAAUACGGGACGCUGCAUUUGGAGUUCAUGCAUCUCGGUGCACUUUCGGGAAGACCAGUUUUUGCAGAGAAGGUAAUGAACAUCAGAAAAGUGCUGAAUCGACUGGACAAACCUCAAGGAUUGUACCCAAAUUACCUGAACCCUAACAGUGGACAGUGGGGCCAGCAUCACGUCUCAGUUGGAGGCUUGGGGGACAGUUUCUAUGAGUACCUGCUGAAGGCCUGGCUCAUGUCAGACAAAACUGACGAGGAGGGAAAGAAGCUUUACUAUGAUGCCCUGCAGGCGAUUGAGAAGAAUUUGAUCCGUAAGUCAAGCGGAGGGUUGACGUAUAUCGCUGAAUGGAAAGGUGGACUCCUGGAGCAUAAGAUGGGUCACCUGACCUGCUUCGCCGGUGGUAUGAUCGCUUUAGGGGCGGACGGAGCCCCCGAUGAUAAGACGGGUCACCAGAUGGAACUGGCGGCUGAGAUCGCCCGCACAUGUCACGAGUCUUACACCCGAACAAGUAUGAAGCUGGGUCCCGAGGCCUUCCGUUUCGACGGCGGCGUAGAAGCCAUCGCCACACGGCAAAACGAGAAGUACUUCAUCCUGAGGCCGGAGGUCAUUGAGACAUACAUGUACAUGUGGAGGUUCACCCACGACCCCAAAUACAGACAGUGGGGCUGGGAGGCGGUGCAGGCUCUGGAGAAGUACUGCAGGGUGGACGGGGGUUACAGCGGAGUGAGAGACGUCUACGCUAACACUCCCAACCAUGAUGACGUGCAGCAGAGCUUCUAUCUGGCUGAAACACUCAAGUAUCUGUAUCUUUUGUUCUCCGACGACGACCAUUUGCCCUUCGAACACUGGAUGUUCAACACGGAGGCCCAUCCUCUUCCUGUCAUUAAGAAACAGAACCCAGAAAUAGCAAACCAACUCAAGUAAUCUUCAUCCAACCCCAAAGCGCCACUGAGACGUAACUUCCUGAACCUGCUUUAACAGUGGACAAGAGCUAUGGACGCAGCCCCCCUGUGGCUGGAGAGUUCUUUUCCUCCAGGACUUCUGCUGGAGCUUCACGUGUUUCUCCACAGCUGUCUCUUCUCGGGAUUCUGCAUGCUGCCCUGUCACCCCUCUCUCUGUCCCUGAUUCUGUGGGCACGUCUCUGAGCCUCAGAGACCCAGAAGGAACAUAUUUCCUCUGUGAGGAGACCGAACCAGAUCAUUUUCCAUCGUACUUGCCCUCUCACACAUGUUAUAAAGCCAUAGGUAAUUACAUCAAAUUGCAUCAACGUCUGUUUGUGUUUUUUGCAUCAUGUGUGUUUACAGGAGCGAAGCUAAGAGAUAUCCACUGAACUUCGCCGUCUCUUGCUGUCUGUUUCUUUCGGGAUGAGGUUUGGUUUGGUGUUUUGAGGCUUUAUUCGACAGCAAGAUAGUGAAACCAAUUUAACUAGUGCCUUUUAGUCUUACUGAUCAUUUUAGUCAAGUUUUAAUAUCGCUGUAUUUAUUUUCGCUGUGACCGAAGGUUUCUUCCUACUGGCCUACAGCCCUCCUACCCUCUUAAUGGAUGUAAGAAUCAGUCAUGUAUCAUUCAUUCCUCUACAUUUGUGAGCUUACUUUGUUUCUUAAAAUGUGUACAAAAUGUGUUUUGAUUGUUUACUUAAUCAAUGGAGGAAAGACAUGUAAAAUAGAGUACUUUGUGUUAAUUUAUUACUCAAGAUGUAGGGAUUUUGUUGUCUUUUUUCAGUGUGGAGGCAGACUCUAAGAGGACACAAUGAUAGGAAAAAAAUAUGAGAUGAGAGGAAAAAUGUACAAUUCAAUGCAUUAAAAACUAUUGUGUUUUCCCGAGAAGCUUUACGUUCGCUCGCAAACACACUAAAAUUAAAUUUUUCCUCCCACUUCUUUAAUUCCAUUCCAAAAAUGUUGCAAGCAAAUGCAAAACAUUUGUGAGCAAGCAAACGUUUUUUUAUAAGCAAAAAAUUCUAUAUGGAACGCAGGUUUUGUGAGCGCAAACAAAGGUUUGGCGAACGAAAGCAAAAGUUUCUCUGUGGAACGCUCAAGUUUCGCAAGGGAAUGCCAAACUUUUUGUGAGAGAACGCUAAAGUUUUGAGCGCGAACACAACGUUUUGCUGUGGAUUGCAAAAAUUUUGCAAACAAACGUUUUGUGAGCAAAUGCAAAAGUUUCACAAGUGAACGCAAAAGUUCCUCUGCGGAACGCACAAAGGUUUCGCGAACAAGCGCAAAAGUUUCAAAUUUUUUCGGGGGAAUGCUGAAUUUUUUUGGAGGAACGCAAACGUUUUUGUGAGCGAACCCAAUAAAACGCAUCAGCAUUGAAAUAUAAUUUUUCCUCCCAUCUAAUCAUCAGGUCCUUUUAGGAGCUUUGGAGUAAACCGCAAUGAAGCUGCUCGAAUCCAUUGGAAAAGUGUUUUAUUAGGACAACACGGGCAGCAUCAGUCAAAAAGGGGGAGUGAAUAUUUGUAUGAAUGUACCACCAAAUGUGAAUUGGACAUAUUUUGGCCUAAUUGUUGUGAUUUAUCAUUUUAUCUGUUUGUUUGUUUGUUCAUUUGAUUUAACAUGAAAGCACAAAGUUGUGAAUCAGUAUAUUCGGGUUCUCCGUGAAAAAUAGGAAUAAUAUUCCUGUAGGACAGUGUGACAGCACAAGUGAGGAAUUUCAAUGGAAAAAGAUGCAAACCAAUGAAUGCAAAGCAGUCCACGGCACUGGAUACAACACAUACAAAAGAAUCACAUACACUAGAUCUAUUACACUUCACAUAGCCACAUUCCAAUUCAUAGAGGAACGGACCAAUUCCCAUCUUAUUUGGGAAUUUGUCACCUCAAAUUUGAGGCUUGAAACGCAGGAUUAAGGUCUGUUGUGGAGUGGGGCUGAUGCUAGCGUCUACAUUUAGACAGUAUUCCCAAAACUAAACCACCCUACUUAACUAGCAUGGUGUGGUGCGUUAACCAAUGUAUUAUACUAGUGGAUCUACGUGAAAAAAAAUACCUCGCAGAGAUUCCUCUCUUGAGGCCAGUGACUGCAACACUUGACAUGGUAUUUCUCCGCUGUAUGUGUGCUAGUGAACGGCAUACUGUCGGAGUUAGGAACCGCAACAUAUGAAAGUAACAUCAUCUCGUGGGAGGCCCGUCAUAAAACACUGUGACACUGUAGAUAAGACAUCGCGCUCACUGUAUUCAUGAUACUGCAAAUCGAAACUAUGUUUAGCACUGCCGCCGCAUAGCGCGGACUAGCGAUUUGUGCUGUCUCUUUAGUGAAAGUGAUUCCUCAAGCUGUGACUGAGGAUCCGUAGCGACUCUUAGAUGACAUUCGGGAACAGACGUUUCCUCGCAUCUGGUUUGCGAUACUCAGAAUAGGAGAUGUGCUUUUCAGAUUAAGAAUUUGUUGUUUAAAUAUUGUGUUGAUCUUGCAUAGAAAAUGCCUUUUUGUUUGUGAUUCUUGUCCUUUAUGUCUUCAUGAGACAACCUCAGAAAUGUAACUGUACAAUAUUGCUGAUAAUCAUUCCAUUGCACAUAGUCUGAUUUUGUUUGUUUUGAUUCGUUUUUUCUUUAAUAUAUAUGCAAUUAAUUUUGUGGUAAAGUGGUUGAUGUUUUUUUUUU